AGAUUUGUGUUAAUUCAAGUUCAAUUCAUUGAUUUAAGGGAUACAAAAAUGAUCGAGAAGUGUCUUGAAUAUAUACCAUGGAAAAGUUUUAACUGGUUUGGAAGAUUAAUAUUGAUUAUCUUUGUUAUAUUUGGCUUCAUCGUCUCUGGUAUUUCAUUAAAUUUAUAUAAUGAUCUCUCUUUUAAUUGUUAUAAUGAGAAAUUGUCAAAAAACAAUGACAAUUCUCUCAUCAAAACCAUUGAAUCAAGAUGUUUCAGACAAUACAAAGAUGAGCUAAAUUUCAAGUAUGUAAUUUUUCUUGUGGUGUGCUUAAAUAUUGGUAUUGUCUUAAUUUGGAGUAUGGUUUAUGGAUAUUAUGUAAAACGUCGAGUCGAGCAUUAUGGUCAAUCCGAUCCAGCAAACAAUGAUGGGGAAAGUAAACCUCUACAUGUUGGUUAUCAUGGUGAAGACAAUUAUAAAUCUGAAAGCGUUACAUUUCGAUUUUCUACAUUUUACAUUUACGUCGUUCAUUUGGUUGUUCGCCUCAUUAUAUUAUCCGUAUUCGUUGGAUUACUUUUUUCAGCGAAGUUUCCUAUCGAUUACUCUUGUUCAUGGCAACCUAAAUUGAAAGAAGCAACCUCAUUAAAUCACACUAUACCCAUCUCAUACGACGUCAUAUUACUUGCUUGUCAAAAUCUCAACGCUGAUAAAAGUAAGACGUUAAUUCAAUUUGUUGCGUCUGUUGAUGUCGUUUUUAUAAUACUGACAAUCUUAGAGCUGUCUUAUUUGACGAUUGUAGCCUGGAAGUACAGGUUAUUUACAACAUCAAGAGAAUUUUGUGAAGUUUAUUUGUUACGAAAACGUGAAAGAUUUGAAACAUUUUUGGAAAAACAAAAAGAAAAUUUUGACAGCAACGAAGACGUUCAAACAAAUGAGGACUUUGGGGAUGAUCAUAACCGUCCAUUAAAGUUUGAGGAGAUUUAUGUCAAUGUCAUUAUGCAAGCAGAAAGAGAAUUAAAGAAUGCUUAUCCCAAAAAAUAUAAAAGACAUGAAAUCUUUCAAUGUCAUCUAGAAAUUAGACAUGGUGCUAGACAAUUGAAAAUGGUGACCGAAAUUUUUAAGCCAAUCCAGGGUGAGAAAGAAACAUCGUAUCCACGUUCUAUUUUAGUCAUUGGAAGGCCAGGAAUUGGUAAAACAAUGUUAACAAAAAAACUUAUGCAUGAAUGGAAAAACAAUACAGAUAAUUAUUGGCGAGAUAAGCACGUUCAUUUGAUCCGAUGUCGUGCGAUUAAAAAUGUUGACAUUACUCUUCAAGAAAUGUUGUGUGAUGAGGGAUUGCCAUAUCCAGAUUACGAAUUGAUAAUGUCAAAUCCAGAAAAAACCGUUCUUAUCAUUGACGGUCUUGAUGAGCUUCCAUUGGAUGAAAAAAAUCUUGAAACUAAAGGCCCAGUGUUUGCUAAAGAAAAAAUGCCAGCAUUUACAGUGUUAAGUAUGUUGAUUAAAGGUAAACUGUUGCCAGGUGCCACUGUUCUAAUAACAUCACGACCAACCGCUGAAUUUGCAUUUAAACUUUUGAAAUUUAAGAGGACAGUGGAGAUCUUGGGGUUUUUUGAAGAUCAAAUUAAAGAAUAUGUUCACAAGUUUUGUGGUAACGAUAAGGAAUCUACCGAGCUGAUCUUGAACUGCAUUGAUAAUUCUAUCGAACUUCGUAGCUUGUGCUAUAUCCCCGUCAACGCUUACAUUGUCUGUCUGACCCUGAAAGAAUGCUUUAGAAACGACGCAAAAGAUAUUCCAAAAACUACAACUGAAUUGUACAAAAGAGCAGUUAAAAUCUUACUUCGGAAGCACCAUCCAGAUUUUAAAAGUAUAUCAUCACCAAAGAAUUAUCUUCUCAAAGAUUUACCGGAAGAACUUGACAAUGACCUGAAGAUAAUGAAAAGCCUUGCAAAAGACGGCAUUGCGAAAGAGAGUUUGAUUUUUGAAGAACCAAGUCUCUCGAAUUUUUCGCAUCGGGCAAAUUGCGGUUUCUUUCAUCAAUUACCAGAUAGACGACGCAAUCUUUAUUGUUUUAUUCAUUUGACUCUUCAAGAGUUCUUCGCUGCAUGGUGUAUUGUUGAUGAUUGGCAAAACAUCGGGAAGUUUUUGGAUAAUAAUGUGUCUGAUCCUAAAUGGCAUUUGGUAAUAGAGUUUGUUGCUGGUUUAUUUGGAGACAAGAAGAGAUCUGGCAGCAUCAGAGAUACUAAAACAAUAGAAGAUGUUGAACAACGGUUUACAUUUUGGAUCUCACAUUUCUUUUCCAAUGACGGCAAUAAAGCAAUUGGUUUUCUGGGAGUAAAGUGCUUAUACGAGUUGCAAGACAAAGAUGUCAUCAGGUCAGCAUGUACACAACUAAAUAAGAAUUAUUCUCGAGAAAUGAAGAUUGAAGAUGUUUCUUUUACUCCUGUUGAUUCGAAAGCAUUUUUCGAAUUUCUUUCUGAAUGCAAACACAUAAAUGAAGUUGUGUUUCAUUCGUGUGAGUUUAUUGAUAAUCAUGUCUGCCUUGCAAUGAAAAAGUUUUUAUUAAACUGGACAGGCGACAAAUUACUCUCUUUGCGUUUUGAUUUAUGUGAUUUUAGUCGUUAUUUUUUGAAAUAUCUCAGUGAAACUUUAAAAUGUGGUAACUUUACAUUCACUGCAUCUAGGAACUUGAUUAAUCUAGAAAAUGAAGGUGCUAAAUAUCUUAGUGAAGCAAUGAAAUUUGAGAAUUGUAAAAUUGCGGAUUUAGGUAUUAAAGACCACGAUUUAGGUUAUGAAUGCGCGAAAUAUCUUAGUGAAGCUUUGAAAAAUGAGAAUUGUAUACUUACUGAAUUGCUUAUUAUGGAUAGCAAUAUAGGUAAUCAAGGCGCUAAAUAUCUUAGUGAAGCUUUAAAAAGUGAGAAUUGUAAACUUACUAAAUUAGAUCUUGAAACUAACGAAAUAGGUGAUGAAGGUGCUAAAUAUCUUAGUGAAGCUUUGAAAAGUGAGAAUUGUAAACUUACUCAAUUGGAUAUUUAUAAAAACGAUGUUGGUGAUGAAGGUGCUAAAUAUCUUAGUGAAGCAUUGCAAAGCGAGAAUUGUAAAUUUACUGAAUUGGAUCUUCAUGACAACAAGAUAGGUGAUGAAGGCGCUAAAUAUCUUAGUGAAGCUUUGAAAAGUGAGAAUUGUAAACUUACUAACUUAAAACUUUCAAACAACAAAAUAGGUGAUGAAGGUGGAAAAUAUCUUAGUGAAGCUUUAAAAAGUAAGAAUUGUAAACUUACUGAAUUGGGUCUUAGUUCUAACAGUAUAGAAGGCGAAGGUGCGAAAUCUCUUAGUGAAGCUUUGAAAAGUGAG